GAGGGACGUGAAACAGAGGAUGUUACGCGGUGUCUUUCAACUGGUGACGGGAGUAACUCGUGGUUUAGGAGGUAGAAAAGUUCACAGAAGAUUCCCAAAUGUCGAUGAGAAACAUCCAAAAGGAAAGUUCUUCCAAGAAUCGAAGCAGAAAAAAUUUGGUGCUCGUACGAGAAGAUCCGGUUUUCUCAUUCAGUGGAGUAAAGUGCCGAACAUUGUGGUUCCAGAUUUGAGAGACUUUGAGUUGAAACCUUAUGUAUCGGAAAAAGCACCGAAGAUGUUCACCCCUCCUUUGGAUAGCUCGACAGCUAAAAUAACGGAAAGGGUAAUAAGUGAUUCUGCGACCAGUCAUCAGUCCAGUUGAAUAUAACGUAAUGUUACAACUCCAAUGUAUCAUAUGUAAUAGAAAGCAGUUGUGUGACGAGUUCAUUCGUCUAGAAGGAGCUGAUAUGUAAAAUGUUCAAACACUGGCAAUCGGU